GGCGGCGGCGGCGCGCGGGACGGCGGGCGCGGGGCUCGGCGCGCCGCGGCUCCCAGCUCGGCCCCUGCGGGAAGAUGAGCACGGCCGAGCAGGCCCGGCCAGCGGGGGACGGGCCCGUGCCGCCCGCGGGGGAGGAGGGCGAGGCGGGCGGGAAGGAGCCGGCGGCCCCGGGGCCCAGCGCUGCGUUCCGGCUCCUGGUGACUCGGCGGGAACCGGCCGUGAAGCUGCAGUACGCGGUGAGCGGCCUGGAGCCGCUGGCCUGGUCCGAGGACCACCGCGUGUCGGUGUCCACCGCCCGCAGCAUCGCCGUGCUGGAGCUCAUCUGCGACGUGCACAACCCGGGCCAGGACCUGGUGAUCCACCGCACCUCGGUGCCUGCACCCCUCAGCAGCUGUCUGCUCAAGGUGGGUCCAAAAGCAGAGGUUGCUGAGUGCAAGGAGCAGUUUGCCACCUCUAAAGAUCCCACUGUCAGUCAGACCUUCAUGCUGGACAGAGUGUUCAACCCUGAGGGCAAGGCUCUGCCGCCCAUGCGAGGCUUCAAAUACACUAGCUGGUCCCCCAUGGGCUGCGAUGCCAAUGGCAGGUGCCUCUUGGCAGCACUGACCAUGGACAAUCGCCUGACCAUCCAGGCUAACCUCAACAGACUCCAGUGGGCGCAGCUGGCCGACCUGACAGAGAUUUACGGAGAGCGACUCUAUGAGACCAGCUACCGGCUCUCCAAGAACGACCCUGCCCACGGGAGCCUGGGCGAUUUUGCCGAGUUCCAGAGGAGACACAGCAUGCAGACUCCGGUGAGGAUGGAGUGGUCGGGCAUCUGCACCACCCAGCAGGUCAAGCACAACAACGAGUGCCGAGACGUGGGCAGUGUGCUCCUGGCCGUGCUCUUGGAAAACGGCAACAUCGCCGUGUGGCAGUUCCAGCUGCCCUUUGUGGGGAAGGAGUCCAUCUCGUCGUGCAACACCAUCGAGUCCGGCAUCAGCUCUCCCAGCGUUUUGUUUUGGUGGGAAUAUGAGCACAAUAAUCGCAAAAUGAGUGGCCUUAUCGUGGGAAGUGCUUUUGGACCUGUGAAAAUCCUGCCUGUCAACCUGAAAGCAGUCAAAGGCUACUUCACGUUAAGGCAGCCCGUGGUCUUGUGGAAGGAGACGGACCAGCUGCCUGUGCACAGCAUCAAGUGUGUGCCGCUCUACCACCCCUACCAGAAGUGUAGCUGCAGCCUGGUCGUGGCCGCCAGGGGCUCCUAUGUGUUCUGGUGUCUGCUGCUCAUCUCCAAGGCGGGUCUGAAUGUGCACAACUCACACGUCACAGGCCUGCACUCGCUGCCCAUCGUGUCCAUGGCGGCGGACAGACAGAACGGGACCGUGUACACCUGCUCAAGCGACGGGAAGGUGCGCCAGCUGAUCCCCAUCUUCACGGACGUGGCGUUGAAGUUCGAACACCAGCUCAUCAAGCUCUCCGACGUGUUCGGCUCGGUGAGGACACACGGGAUCGCGGUGAGCCCCUGCGGCGCGUACCUGGCCAUCAUUACGACGGAGGGCAUGGUCAACGGGCUCCAUCCUGUGAACAGAAACUACCAGGUCCAGUUCGUCGCUCUCAAGACCUUCGAAGAGGCAGCGGCUCAACUCCUGGAAUCUUCGGUUCAAAAUCUCUUCAAGCAGGUGGAUUUAAUUGACCUUGUGCGCUGGAAGAUCUUAAAAGACAAGCAUAUCCCUCAGUUCCUGCAGGAGGCUUUAGAAAAAAAGAUUGAGAGCAGUGGGGUCACCUACUUCUGGCGCUUCAAGCUUUUCCUCCUGAGGAUCUUGUAUCAGUCAAUGCAGAAAACACCCUCGGAAGCGUUAUGGAAACCCGCCCACGAGGACUCAAAAAUCCUGCUGGUUGACUCCCCUGCCGAGGAGGAGCAGCAGGAAGAAGGCGCUUCUUCCAAGCAGGCGCUCAGGCUGGGCCUGCAGGAGCGAAGCCGAGAAGGUGACGCCGAGGAGGCUGCCGAGGACGCGCUCCUCCCCGCUGGGGAGGUCGGAGGCCGUGAGCCCAUGGAAGAGAAACUUCUGGAAAUCCAAGGGAAAAUCGAAGCUGUGGAGAUGCACCUGACCCGGGAGCACAUGAAGCGGGUGCUGGGGGAGGUGUACCUGCACACCUGGAUCACGGAGAACACCAGCAUCCCCACGCGGGGCCUCUGCAACUUCCUCAUGUCCGCCGAGGAGUGCGAUGACAGGACGGCCCGGGUCCUGAUCGGACACAUCUCCAAGAAGAUGAACAAGCAGACCUUCCCUGAGCACUGCAGCCUGUGCAAGGAGAUCUUGCCGUUCACAGAUCGCAAGCAGGCCGUCUGCUCCAAUGGCCACAUCUGGCUGCGGUGCUUCCUAACCUACCAGUCCUGCCAGAGUCUGAUCUACCGACGGUGUUUGCUUCAUGACAGCAUUGCCCGGCACCCAGCUCCAGAAGAUCCUGAUUGGAUCAAGAGGCUGCUGCAGAGCCCCUGCCCCUUCUGUGACUCACCUGUCUUCUGAGCGCCCACACUCUGCGGGUGCCGUAGAAGACGCCCUCCACCCGGGGCUGCCUGGUCCUGCCGCAGACAGGGCUCCGCUCAACGGACGGGG